AUUAUUUUUUAAUUUGACUUAGUUUUUAGUGAAUUUAUAUGCCUUGGCACAAUAUAGGCUAGAACAGUGCACCAUUAAAAGCGAACGGUGAAAGCAGGUUCUAGGGUUUUGAAAGGCACAGAGAGGAGAAAGAAUGCUCUAGGGUUUUGGACAGCAGAGAGGAGAUUUUUUUGAUCCAGUAAUGGCCGCAGUGGAGUCAGUGCAGUGCUUUGGGCGGAAGAAGACGGCGGUGGCUGUGACCCAUUGCAAGCGCGGGCGAGGAUUGAUAAAGAUUAAUGGGUGCCCGAUAGAGCUGGUGGAGCCAGAGAUCCUGCGCUAUAAGGCCUUCGAGCCCAUCCUGCUGCUGGGCCGCCAGCGCUUCAGUGGUGUCGAUAUGCGCAUCCGAGUGAAGGGCGGCGGUCACACCUCGCAGAUCUACGCCAUCCGCCAGAGCGUGGCGAAGGCCCUCGUUGCCUUCUAUCAGAAAUACGUGGACGAGCAGGCCAAGAAGGAGAUUAAGGACAUUCUCGGCCGCUAUGACCGCACAUUGCUCGUCGCUGAUCCCCGCCGUUGCGAGCCCAAGAAGUUCGGUGGUCGCGGUGCGCGUGCCCGUUUCCAGAAGUCAUACCGUUAAAUUGCUUGCGGUUUUUUUGAUUUCAUCUUCCCGGUUCUGAGAAAAGAUAUAUAUUUUCUUAUUGAUAGUUUUUGUCAACAUACUGGACCUGGGGGCUUGAUAUUUCAGUUGGCCCUAAUAUUUAUUAGGAUUCUGUACUUUUUUUUGUUAUUGAAAACUUUUUAAAUGUUCGGAUAAUUUUUUCAAAAAUAUAUAUCUUUUUCCUUAUUGAUAA